CCGCUACUUUCCGUCCAGUCCCGACCGAAAUUAAGCACCGUGGAAACCAAGAUGGCAGACAAUUUAGCCCCAACAGACGCCGAAAUGACUGACGCGACGGCAGUUCCGGAAGAAAAAGCGCAAGAAAAACAGCCCGAGACGUCGACAGGGGACGGGAGUACCUCAAACACAGACAAUGACAAAAAUAAAGCGUUCAUUACUGAGACGUCAAAUAUUAGCCAAGUGCCCCAACCAGGAGUCACCCCAACAAUUGAGGCGGUUGUGAAGAAAGAGAAAGAUGACGCAGAAAAACGAACACCAAAAAUUGAUGUACAAUCCCUACCCACAAGAGCUUAUCUAGAUCAAACUGUUGUCCCUAUCCUCCUUCAAGCAUUGUCAACUUUAUCAAAAGAAAGGCCUCCAAAUCCAAUUGAGUAUCUUGCAAGUUAUUUAUUGAAGAAUAAGAAUCAGUUUGAUUCUACAAUUGAUACAAGUCAACCAUCUGGAACAGCAUAAUUGCACCACAUUCAUGAUCACAACCAUUGUCACAAACAUUGCCUGGUGAACAAUCUUAUUUUGCAAACACUGCGUACAAUAUGCAAACUGUUGUGUUAAUAUUUAUGAAAGGAAAUAACCUAACAUUGUAAAUUGAGUAAAAAAAAAUAAUGUUUUGUUCUUUUAUGGAGAAGGGUAUGUGUGUAUAUGUGUAUUUCUAUGUAAAAAAUAACGUUUUGUUCUUUUAUGGAAAAGGGUAUGUUUGUA